GCCGAGGAGGGAGAGCAGAGGACUUAUCUGAAGCUCGGCUUGCCGCCCCGACCAUGCGCGUUGCCGCCACCCAGCUGCCCCUCCUCGCCAUCUCCCCGCCUCGCCGGUGGAGGAGAGCUCAGCACGCGCCGGCCGCAGCCGCGCCGCGGGCACCCCCGGGGGCGCUCGCCGCCAUCCUGCGCUCGCGCGUCAUCGCGUGCCUCCGCGCGGAAGAUGGCGAGGCGGCGCUGCAGGCGGCGCAUGCGGCCGUGAGCGGCGGCGUCACUGUGCCAUUCAUGAUUUGCUUACGUUACCAUCGUUUCAUACCCCAUUGCUGCUGCCAACUUAUGUGCUGUAUUGUUCAGUUGGAGGUCGUGAUGUCGACUCCGGGAGUGCUGGAGGUUGUUGAAGAUCUUUGCAGGAGUUAUCCUUCUUUAACAUUUGGGGUUGGCACGGUCUUAAAUGCGGCUGAUGCAAGGAAAGCCAUAGGAGCUGGUGCACAGUUUCUGAUGAGUCCUGGCACAGUCAUGGAAAUACUCCAUGAUCUUGAAGAAAGUAAGGUUCUAUACAUCCCUGGAGUGCUCACACCGACUGAAGUUUUAUCUGCCUGCAGUGCUGGUGCAGAAGUUGUUAAGGUGUAUCCAGUGUCAGUGAUGGGUGGUGAGGUGUAUAUGUCUGCUCUGAAGAAACCAUUUCCUCAUGUACCGAUGAUUGCUUCACAAGGAAUCCAAAUAGGUUCAAUCAAGGGGUAUGUGGAGGCAGGAGCAUCCGCAGUGGUGUUGUCUGAUGCCAUUUUUGACAAAGAAUUGAUGAGGAAGGGAAAAUUCAGCGAAAUUUCAGAACUUGCAAGUCUAGCCACUUUUGAGGCGUUGCAGUCCAUAAAGUGAGACACAUCUGACAAUUCUACAGGCAUUGCAGAUUUGCGGCCUAGAAUAUGAGGCACAUCCUUUGGCUAGCCAUUGUGCUAUAUGAUCUUCUCCGGUGGAGCACAUAUCAAGCCCUAACACUGCCAACUAAACGGAAAUCAAUGAUACCGCCCUUUUUGCAGAAGAAGUGAUUCCAUGUCCCAAGUACAGCUAUACAAGUACUACCGCUGCGCGCUUGUAACAAUGCUCCAAAAUUGUGCUCUCCGAACAAGGAUCUUCACAGCUAGCAGAAGCGUGUUCCUUCUCGGUCCAGAUCAGAAGUGUGAAGAGGCUGUUGUGAUGUCGAGAAACCAACCACACUUUCAGCUGCAGUGGAAUCACCAAUUCAUGCGAGAACCGACGCGAAUGAAAGGGAGAUUGCAAGGUUUCUUGUGCUGCCCCGAGAUGAUCACAUGUGGACAUCACAUGUGGAACAGCUUUGGAUUUUUAUUAUGUAAUUAUAGAGGUGCAAACAGGAAUUUUUUUAGGUGCCAAAACAAUGACUUUGAGCCUGCUGAGUUUGGGGUGAGUGAACACCAACCUGUCAGACAUGCAGGAAGAAAAAUGCCACCCAAAAGCACUACUGCGAUUAUUUAGAAUCGUAUUGCAAUUAACAUGUCUAAUGGAUUCAACGGAA